CCGCCGGGAGGGGGCGCCUCCCGCUGGGGGAAUCACAGCCUGCAGAGCUGCAGACCGCAGUCCAGCCGCAGCGCACCGGGCCCGGCCGCGCCCCUGCAGACACAGGCUCGCCCUCGCUCGCCGCGCCCCUGCAGAACCGGCCCUCGCUCGCCGCGCCCCUGCCCAGACCCCCACCAUGGCCGGCAUCGCGGCCAAGCUGGCGAAGGACCGAGAGGCGGCCGACGGGCUGGGCUCGCACGAAAAGGCCAUCAAGUACCUCAACCAGGACUACGAGGCGCUGCGGGACGAGUGCCUGGAGGCCGGGACGCUCUUCCAGGACCCCUCCUUCCCGGCCAUCCCUUCUUCCCUGGGCUUCAAGGAGCUGGGACCCUACUCCAGCAAGACGCAGGGCAUCGUGUGGAAGCGGCCCACGGAGAUCUGCGACGACCCCGAGUUUAUUGUUGGAGGGGCCACCCGCACAGACAUCUGCCAAGGAGCCCUGGGUGACUGCUGGCUGCUGGCGGCCAUCGCUUCCCUCACCUUGAACGAAGAGAUCCUGGCCCGAGUUGUCCCCCUAAACCAGAGUUUCCAGGAAAACUAUGCUGGGAUCUUCCACUUCCAGUUCUGGCAGUACGGCGAGUGGGUGGACGUGGUCGUGGACGACAGGCUGCCCACCAAGGACGGGGAGCUGCUGUUCGUGCACUCGGCAGAGGGCAGCGAGUUCUGGAGCGCCCUGCUGGAGAAGGCCUACGCCAAGGUCAACGGCUGCUAUGAGGCGCUCUCGGGCGGCGCCACCACGGAGGGCUUCGAGGACUUCACCGGGGGCAUCGCCGAGUGGUACGAGCUGAGGAAGGCCCCUCCCAACCUGUUCAAGAUCAUCCAGAAGGCUCUGCAGAAAGGCUCCCUCCUGGGCUGCUCCAUCGACAUCACCAGCAUGGCGGACUCGGAGGCCAUCACCUUCCAGAAGCUGGUGAAGGGGCACGCGUACUCAGUCACCGGGGCGGAGGAGGUGGAGAGUGGGGGGAGCCUGCAGAAGCUGAUCCGCAUCCGAAACCCCUGGGGAGAGGUGGAGUGGACAGGCCGGUGGAAUGACAACUGCCCCAACUGGAACAGCGUCGACCCAGAGGUGCGGGAGAGGCUGACCAGACGGCACGAAGACGGAGAGUUCUGGAUGUCGUUCGGUGACUUUCUGAGGCACUAUUCCCGCCUGGAGAUUUGCAACCUGACCCCCGACACCCUCACCAGUGAGUCCUACAAGAAGUGGAAGCUCACCAAGGUGGACGGGACCUGGAGGCGGGGCUCCACCGCGGGAGGCUGCAGGAACUACCCGAACACGUUCUGGAUGAACCCUCAGUACCUGAUCAAGCUGGAGGAGGAGGACGAGGACCAGGAGGACGGCGAGAGCGGGUGCACCUUCCUGGUGGGCCUCAUCCAGAAGCACCGGCGGCGACAGAGGAAGAUGGGGGAGGACAUGCACACCAUCGGCUUCGGCAUCUAUGAGGUGCCGGAGGAGAUGACUGGACAGACUAACAUCCACCUCAGCAGAAACUUCUUCCUGACGCACCGGGCGAGGGAGCGGUCCGACACCUUCAUCAACCUGCGGGAGGUGCUGAACCGGUUCAAGCUGCCGCCUGGGGAGUACAUCCUGGUGCCGUCCACCUUCGAGCCCAACAAGGACGGGGACUUCUGCGUCCGGGUCUUUUCCGAGAAGAAGGCCGACUACCAGGUGGUCGACGACGAGAUUGAGGCCGACCUCGAUGAGAACGAUGCCAGCGAGGACGACAUUGACGACGGCUUCAGAAGGCUCUUUGCACAGCUGGCAGGCGAGGACGCGGAGAUCUCGGCCUUCGAGCUGCAGACCAUCCUGAGGAGGGUGCUGGCCAAGCGCCAGGACAUCAAGUCGGAUGGCUUCAGCAUCGAGACCUGUAAGAUCAUGGUGGACAUGCUGGACUCAGAUGGCAGCGGCAAGCUGGGGCUGAAGGAGUUCUACGUUCUUUGGACAAAGAUUCAGAAGUACCAGAAAAUUUACCGGGAAAUCGACGUGGACAGGUCUGGCACCAUGAACUCCUACGAGAUGCGGAAAGCACUGGAGGAAGCAGGCUUCAAGCUGCCGUGUCAGCUCCACCAGGUCGUCGUUGCGCGCUUUGCGGACGACGACCUCAUCAUUGACUUCGAUAACUUCGUCCGGUGUCUGGUCCGGCUGGAGACGCUGUUCAGGAUAUUUAAGCAGCUGGAUCCCGAGAACACUGGGACCAUCGAGCUCGACCUCAUCUCUUGGCUCUGCUUUUCAGUCCUCUGAAGUCCUAACUGAUCUGCCUGAAGACAGCCAGCCGAGGACGAAGCCCCCACAGAGAAACUUUUUAUCUGGACCCCAAAAUGACGGGAACAUUUACCUAACCGAUGAAUGGCUAGAGCUGAAAAUAAAGAUACUUUUUGAGACAGGUCUCACGUUUCACAGUAAAAAAGAUCUGCGUAUCCUGGUAUUACAUGCAGGUGACUCACUCCAUCCUGGGUUAGCUCAGAGAAAACCUUCCAUCUAUAAACAGGUCCACGGUUUACUUUUACCCACUUGCCCGCUUAUGGCAAUAUCCAAUUGGAGAAAAACACAGGGAGGUAUUUUUAACCGCUGACCAAACACGAAGUCAGUCUCCAAGGACACGAGGUCCUUGCUGGGAACAUUGAAAGUAAAUUCCCGAUUAACAAUGCAGCUGUGGCAUUUGCCAAACAGCAGUGCGCGUCCCUGGAGUGAGACGGAAAACAGGAAGCGUCGAAGAGUGACAGGCCGGGCCAGCACGCACACCUCCGUCACGUGGUUGCAGAGAGAGCCAGGUUUUAAGUAGAACGGCCCGGUGACCCGUGUGUCGCAGAAGAUGCUGAAGCCACGCGGCCCUCGGCCCGCUAACCGAAGCGUGCACGAAAGCAGGUGCCUGGUGUCCGAGCCCAUUACGGGAAAGGACAGGACGAGCCGUUCGUGGCCGGGACGUCGGCACCCCCGCGCUUGUGCGUGGAGCCGGGAGGGACACGGGUGGGAGAGCUUGAGCCCUGCUUCACCCCGGAAGACGCGAGCCGCCUUACACACCUACCGCCUUGUUGCCUUACUUCCUGCUGAACGUGCUGUUAAUAAAGGGUGACCCAAG